AUGGGCAAAGCAGCGGGCGUUAAACGGAGACGAAAGAAGACAAGGAAUCCGAAGAAGAAUUAUGGUAAACAGCAGUUCAAGAGGAGGAAAAUGAAGACCGCGAAGCCAGUGUUUUCUGAACCCGAAAUGAAAGACGCUUGGGAUCCAAAGAAGUCUGCUAUCCGAAAUAUAACACAGAUGGGCCUUGGGCUUGAUCCUAAUAAGGUCAUCGACAUCGAUAUCCUCACAGGGAAGGAAAGCAUGAUAAAAAGCAUGCAUCCGGAAUUAGCUCGUCCAAAAAUGAAGAGCAAGAAAGGUUCUUCGACGCACGUGGCUGAAGCUAUGGAAGCCCGCUCAUUAAUUCGUGGAACUAUCCAUGUCAAACUUUCCAAGCCAGAGUACACCUGGAUAACGAAAAUGCUUGACAAGCACGGAGAAGAUUGUGAAGCAAUCGCGCGAGAUUCGAAAAAUUUGAUGCAAUUAACUCCCGACCGAAUCAAGCAUAAAAUCAAGCGUUUCAAGUCUGCAGUGGAUCAAUACGCUGAAUAUUUACGUGGACGUGGUUCGCUGGAUGUUGAGAUGGAGUGAUCAGAUGUCUUCGGAUCUUUUGCUAUGACAUACAUUAAAUUUGUUUUUUUUUUCUUCUGAAAUUAA